UCACACAGUGGGCGAGUGUCUGCCUGCCGCCGCCUGUCCUGUGUCAUCCCUCCCGCCCUCCCAGUCAUAAGCCGCGGUGAUGGCGGACAGCGCCAGCGAGAGUGACACGGACGGAGCGGGCAACAGCUCGGCCGCCAUGCAGACGUCCUCCUCAGCCUCUUCCUCCGGGAAGUCGGGCAUCGUCAUCUCGCCAUUCCGCCUGGAGGAGCUGACUAACCGCCUGGCCUCCCUGCAGCAGGAGAACAAAGUGCUGAAGAUCGAGCUGGAGACCUACAAGCUGAAGUGCAAGGCGCUGCAGGAGGAGAACCGGGACCUGCGGAAGGCCAGCGUCACCAUACAAGCCAGGGCUGAGCAAGAAGAAGAAUUCAUCAGCAACACAUUGUUUAAGAAGAUCCAGGCCUUGCAGAAGGAGAAGGAAACCCUUGCAGUGAACUAUGAGAAAGAAGAGGAGUUCCUCACUAACGAGCUGUCACGGAAGCUCAUGCAGUUACAGCAUGAGAAAGCGGAGCUUGAACAACACCUGGAACAAGAACAAGAGUUUCAAGUUAACAAGUUAAUGAAGAAAAUAAAGAAACUGGAAAAUGACACCAUCUCCAAACAGCUAACACUAGAACAGCUAAGACGUGAGAAGAUUGACCUUGAAAACACCCUGGAGCAAGAACAAGAAGCACUAGUCAAUCGUCUCUGGAAGAGGAUGGACAAGCUGGAAGCAGAGAAAAGAAUUUUACAGGAAAAAUUAGACCAACCAGUGUCUGCUCCACCUUCACCUCGUGACAUAUCUAUGGAGAUAGACUCCCCAGAGAACAUGAUGAGACACAUACGUUUCCUUAAGAAUGAAGUAGAAAGGCUAAAGAAGCAACUGAGAGCUGCACAGCUACAGCACACUGAGAAAAUGGCCCAGUACUUGGAAGAAGAGCGCCACAUGAGGGAAGAAAAUUUGAGGCUUCAAAGAAAACUGCAGAGGGAAAUGGAAAGACGAGAAGCCCUGUGCCGGCAGCUGUCAGAAAGUGAAUCCAGCUUAGAGAUGGAUGACGAGAGGUAUUUUAAUGAGAUGUCUGCACAAGGAUUAAGGCCACGUACUGUGUCCAGCCCAAUACCCUACACACCAUCCCCAAGUUCCAGCAGACCCAUUUCACCUGGCUUGUCCUAUGCCAGUCACACUGUUGGCUUCACCCCUCCAACCUCCCUCACUAGAGCUGGAAUGUCUUAUUUCAAUUCUCCAGGUUUACACGUGCAGCACAUGGGAUCGUCUCAUGGCAUUACAAGACCCUCCCCUAGAAGGAGCAACAGCCCUGACAAGUUUAAGCGUCCCACUCCACCUCCGUCUCCAAACACGCAGACUCCAGUGCAGCCUCCGCCCCCACCACCUCCUCCGGCACAACCUGCAGUCCAGUCCACUGCAUCUCAGUCCACCACUUCCCACAAUUCAGUGCAUCCUCCCUCUCAGCCCUAGUGCAUGUCCUCUGCAGUCUCUGCAUCUUGAAUUGGACUCAUAACAUGGAACAGUUUACUCAGAGCCAAAGGCUUACUUGUCAUACUCGGAUUUGACUUUAUUUGCACUGAGGUUACAUAGGCUUCACUGUCUAAUUGUGUUGUAAAUGUUUGUCUCAAAAAUCAGCCGGUGUCGGGGGUCUUCCAGCAUCCCCACACAGUUCCCGUUCCAUGUUUACCGAUACUACAUGUACGUUAGUACCCUGGCUGGGAGACUGCUACUCUGUAAGAGGCAGGGCAGCCUUACUCUGUUAUAUCCUGCUGCUCUCAUGCUUUUUCUUUGAGGCUUUUAGGUUUAUACAAUAAAAGGGAUACAUUAUUUUUUUUAUUAUUUUGAUUCUCAUGGAUUUCUAAGAGCAUGAUGGUUUGAUUUUUUUUUUUUUUUUAAAUAUAAAGUAUCCCAUAUAUACCAUAAAUCACUACAAUCACGUAGUCUUAGACUGCAACCGCUAAUAUGCUCAUCGUAAGCCCACGUGCAGUGGAAACCAGUAGCUCAAAGCCCAGUUUUACUGUCUUAAUUGCAGAGCAGUAAUCUGAUAUAACGGCAUGUUUCUUAUGUUUCAAAAAUAUAUAUAUAAAGGCCUAUAAAAGCACAGUGUUAUAUGUACAAAUCAUGUGCUAGUAAGGGUGUGUUAAUGGCUUUACGGAGGUAGGUUCAAGUUAUCCAGUGCCUGUAACUCAGAUACAUCUUCUAGCUAGCUAUACAUAAACCAGUCACGUCGUCCGUCGCACAUAAACCAUAACUGAUGCAACAAUCACAAAACCAAAUCCUCAUCUAGUAACGAUAAUGACCUGGUAGUGAAAUGUGGGAAUCCUUGUUUAACUAUGUGGAAUGUAUUGUAAAAUGGAUCUUAAGAUUUAAUUGUAUCAGUUUUAGGUGAAUCUUAUUCUGUAAGCUGUCCGCAAAUCCAUUUCUAUGACUCACAGUAUUUAGCACAUUUUUUUUUAAAGAUGUAUACAAUUGGCUGUACAAGCGAUGCAAAAUAUACCUUGGCAAUUGUUUUUUUUUUUUCCUUCAGUUUUGCAAAGUAUUUUUAAAAAUUUACAUAAAUAGCCCGGAAGUACCCCUGAGAUUUAAAUUUUAGCAAAGUAUUUGGCAGCACAGUCAGUCAUUUUGUAUUGCUUAAUAGAAGCAGGACAGAUUACCUAUUGAAGUAGCACAGCUUGGCACUAAUAAAUGCUUGUUUAGCAGAAUACUGUAAGCCGGUACAAUGUAUAAAAAAAAUUAUUUUGAGUACAAUUUUUUUUUUUUCCAUUUAGCACAAAUAAAUUGUUUGGGUUUGACUUUGCAGUGGAA